AUGGUUAGAAAUAUGACACCACAAUUACAGGCAUGGAAUGAAUCCCAUCUAUGUAAAGUAAUCAUUCUUAAAGCUAGAGAAAAGGCGUUUUGUGCUGGUGGCGACGUAAAACGUGUUGUAGAAUUGGCGACAAAAGAGAAGAAUGGUGAAGAUGAUCUUCGAGCCCUUCAGUUUUUCGAAGAAGAGUACCAGCUUAAUCAUCUUAUCGCCACGAUAGAUAAACCAUUUGUUGCCUUGAUGAAUGGCAUUACUAUGGGAGGUGGCGUUGGUCUAUCAGUUCACGCGCCAUUUCGCGUCGCUACUGAAGAAACGGUAUUUGCCAUGCCAGAGACUAAUAUCGGGUUUUUCCCUGACGUUGGUGGAUCCUUCUUUUUACCAAGAAUGGACGGAGAGGUUGGAACUUAUCUAGCAUUGACCGGCGCAAGGCUACGUGGCAUAGAUGUUUUUUUGUCUGGAAUUGCGACACAUUACGUCCCUUUAAAUCGAUUAUCGCAUUUGGAAGAUCGUUUGAGUGAACUAGAGAGUGAUGAUCAUGAGGUGAUAAAUGCAGCCAUUGAAGAUUUUGUAGCGGAGCCUGAACAAAAUCAUAUUUAUGCUCUUGGUGGGAAUAUUAGAAAAGCCAUCGAUCGGUGUUUUAAGAGUAAUACAGUGGAGAGUAUUAUUGAUGCGUUAUCUAAGGAAGAAGAUAAGACAUGGUCAAAUAGCGUAAUAGACACUUUAUCAAAAAUGUCGCCUACAAGUCUAAAAGUUACUUUAAAAGAAUUAAGAAAGGGCAAGCAAAUGGUUAUAACGGAUUGUUUUAAAAUGGAGUAUAAAUUAGCUCAAAAAAUUCUGGAAAGGUCGGAUUUCAUCGAAGGAGUAACAGCAAGACUUGUUGAGAAAAGAAAACCUGUCUGGAAUCCUUCAAAGUUAGAAGAUAUAUCUGACGAUGCAAUAGAAAAUUUUUAUUUUGAAUCUUCGGAAAAACAUCAUUUGAAUUUAUUAAAUAUACGGUCUUUUGAGAAUUAUCCGUAUUCUAGGUUUGCACUACCAACUGAAGAAGAAAUUCGAAAAGUUGUUACUGGUGAAACACCGGAUGCAGGAUCGGUAAGCAUGACUCAACAAGAGAUUGUCGAUUUCUUUCUCAAGGAUCGAAAGUCUAAAAUAGGUGUUCGAGAAAAAGUAAUGGAAGUUCUAAAUAGAAAAACCACACAGAUUGAUAACCAUGAAGGAUUAAAGUGGAUUAACGAACAUUAA